AUUUACAAGUGUCUUUGACCAUUUGUAUUGAUUUUUAGUGAGACAUUUUGAUUUGGGUUGUUGUUAUUUGGGUGGAAUUUGAAGGACAGAGAGCUCUGGGAUUUUUUAGCAUCUUCGGCAACUCAAGUGAAUCUAAAAUAUGGGAUUUUGAUUUUUUUUUUUUUUUUGUUAUUAUUUUGAUGAAAAUUGAGGAAUUUUGUUGAGAGAGAAAAUGGGUAUAUUUCAUAUUUCUCAUUUGUAGUGUCGGUCGCAGAAUCAGAUGUUGGGUUGAUAUGAAAAAAAUGAGAAUUUUAUAGAUUUUGUUUUUGGUAAAUCUUGUUGGUCCCUUUGAAGUUAAUGAGAUUUCUAAGCAUCAUGGGCAAUUCGUUUGGAUGCUCAGCAUCAGGAGAGCGUCUGGUAUCUGCCGCCAGAGACGGGGAUCUUCAGGAAGCCAAGGCUCUGUUGGAAUACAAUCCCCGCCUUGUGAGGUACUCGACGUUCGGUGUCCGUAAUUCCCCCCUUCAUCACUCUGCAGCGCAGGGCCACCAUGAGAUUGUCUCUCUGUUGCUUGAAUCUGGUGUUGAAACCAAUCUAAGGAACUAUCGUGGGCAGACUGCUCUAAUGCAAGCCUGUCUAUAUGGUCACUGGGAGGUUGUUCAGACUCUGGUGCUUUUCCGAGCCAAUAUUCACAAAGCAGAUUAUCUCAAUGGAGGUACAGCUCUCCACUUUGCAGCAUUGAAUGGGCAUUCUUGUUGCAUCCGUCUCCUCCUUGCCGAUUAUGUUCCAAGUAUACCUGACUUCUGGGACAUCAUAAUGAAAAGAUCUGCCCAAGAAGAUUCUACAAUCAACUUUGACAAGGGUUCUCUUGAUAGAAUACUUAAUAAACCGGCAGAUGGAGGCAUAACAGCCCUCCACAUGGCAGCACUAAACGGCCACUUUGAUACUGUACAAUUAUUGUUGGACUUGGGGGCUUGUGUUUCCAAGGUCACCGUGAAGGAUGGGACGACGAUUGACCUGAUUGGUGCAGGAAGCACACCCCUUCAUUAUGCUGCUUGUGGUGGAAAUGCACAGUGUUGUCAGGUUCUGAUUUCAAGGGGAGCCAGCUUGACUGCCAAAAAUGCAAAUGGGUGGACUCCAUCAAUGGUUGCUCGUUCGUGGCAUAGGAAUUGCCUCAACAGGAUACUGAAUAACAACAAUCCAGAAGGCCAUUUGAAUAUUCUCCCUUCGCCAUAUAUAUCCCUCCCCCUUAUGAGCAUCGUUAAAAUUGCCAGAGAAUGCGGAUGGAGGGAUGGUGAUCCACUUCCAACAUGUGUUGAUCCAUGUGCUGUUUGUUUAGAAAUGAAAUGCACGGUCACUGCAGAAGGCUGCAGACAUGAAUUCUGCACCAGAUGUGCAUUGUACCUUUGUUCUACCAACAGCAGGUCCACGGCCGGCCCACCUGGCUCGAUCGCAUGCCCUCUCUGUCGGCAUGGAAUCGUUUCCUUCGUCAAGCUUCCCGGCACAAAUCCAAUCAAGGAAAUGGCACGGAUGAACUUAUCAUUGCCUUCGUGCACCCCAUAUCAUAGUGAAGGUCCAGAGCCUGCUUCAGUGUCGACCCCAUUCUGCAAACCCGAAUUCAGUUGCACUCGAAUCACACCGCUUUCUGCAUCUUCCUUUUGGUCCCUCAGCUGCCAGAAGUUCCCAUCAAUGAAACUCAACUCGAGCCUUUGCAUUGGAGCUCCAGAUACCAGCCCGUCUUUGGUCACUUGUGUGAGUGAUAGGCGAACAAAUUCACUAUUAGGUAGGUGCUCCAGAUCUAGUUUGCGGCGAUCGGCUUCUCAUGGUGAGAGGCGAUCAUGGUUCCCCUUCAAUUCAUGCGCUGCUACUAGCAAUGGUUGAAAAUUGCCUGGACCACGACCGUACUUUUCUUGCUUGGUCCGGUGAGUUUGAUUCUCAGAGAUUUGAAGCCCAACUCGCGCUUUUACACGAAGCACGUAUACCAACCUGACAAUUGAGGGACACCCGAGUGGCAUAUAUGGUGGGCCGCGCCAUGAAGAUGGACUUCCUGUGGACCACAUGUUUUGUUGAAUUGGAACAUUUGAUCAAGGUAGACAAGAUGUAAAUGUCAGGAUCAUCCAUUGAUGAUGGGCCCCACAUGCAUAGUUGAAUGUGGAUCAUCAGCGAGUCUCCUCAAACUCGUUCCAUGAUUAAUGGGCCAGCCUGGUUUUUGCAUAUAUCCAUGGCGGGGCGCCUUACGAACAGCUCAGAUGGCCCACUACUAGUAAGGUGGCAAUGGGUGCUAAGUGUGAAGGUGAUGUAGGCUUUUGAUGCAGUAAUAACAAACGUUUGAUUUUUCAUCCAUUAAUUUAAGAUUUGAUUGUGUAAUUGAUUUUUUUUCUAUCAAUGCAAGUUUGUAAAUGCA